CACGUUGACGAUUGGAGACAAUGUAAUGUAAUCAACUGUAUCAGUGGAUAUAUGGCUAAUCAUCACAGUGCACUUCUUUUCAUCUUUGCUGUUAUUUCAUCUGAGAAAAAUGUUUAUUUGUUAAAGCAACAAGGAGGGUUUCCAAGAAGGGUUAUUUUUUACAAUCUUAGAAAUUUGAUCUGUUGGGUGGCAGCACCUGAAACCUGUGGAAGCAGUAAGACUUUAAGUAUAGUAAAUUACUGCAAGGAGACAAUAUGGCCUGCCAUAACAGGAAGUGAUAACUUCAGUGGAGAUGCAUUAAAUCCUGGCCAAUCAAAAGUGCACACAGCUGCUGUUGGAUGGAGUGGAAGAAUAUGGGCUAGAACAGGCUGCAACUUUGACAAGAAUGGCAAUGGCAAUUGUGAAACAGGUGCUUGUGGUACCAACAUUAACUGUACAGGUCCAGGAACCCCACCUGCCACAAUUGCUGACUUUACCCUUGGUGAACCUGAUUUCUAUGAUGUUAGCCUUGUAGAUGGCUUCAACUUGCCCGUGACAGUAAAAGCUGUUAAUGGCACUGGGAACUGUAGCAUUGCUGGCUGUGAUGGAGAUUUGAGGAAGAAUUGUCCACCCCAGCUAGCUUCAAAGCAAGGUGACAAAGUUAUUGCUUGCCGCAGUGCCUGUGAUGUCUUUAACACUGACGAGUAUUGCUGCAGAGGCACUUAUGGAAACCCUGCUACAUGUUUGUCUUCAAAUUAUUCAACCAUGUUUAAACAGGUUUGUCCUGCAGCAUAUAGUUUUGCCCAUGAUGACCCCAGCAUAAUAACAUGCUCGGGAGCAGACUUCGUUAUUACAUUCUGCGGCUUGAGGAACCAAACAUUGUGUUCCUAUCAUGGCAAGACAGUUGCAUGCAAUGAAUCUAAUACUUAUAAAGUCAAACCUCGGACAUGGUUGGCCCUGAUUCUCCCAUUGGUAUUCAUGCAGACUUCAUGGAUCACGUGGUAGCAAUUGUGCAUGUAAAUUGAAUGUUUUCUCAAUGUUACACUUGAAUGAUUUUUUUUGCUUUUUGUCGUAU